GCUAACUGUUGUUGGUUUGUUCUUUGUGUGGUAACUAGAGAAAAUGAUUCCCAAUGUCGGAAAACUAGCUGGAAAAACAGUUUUUAUAACUGGAGCAAGUAGAGGCAUAGGCAAGGCUAUUGCUGAAAAAUGUGCAAAAGAUGGUGCCAACAUUGUCAUAGCUGCAAAAACUGCUACACCCCAUCCCAAACUCCCAGGAACCAUUUAUACAGCUGCAGAGGAAUUGGAGCAACUUGGAGGUAAAUGUCUUCCUUGUGAAGUUGACAUCAGAGAUGAGAAGCAGGUGAAACAAGCCAUCGACUCAGCAGUCAGCAAGUUUGGUGGCAUAGAUAUCCUGGUGAACAAUGCAAGUGCAAUAAGUCUCACUAACACUGAAGCCACUGAAAUGAAAAGAUUUGAUUUGAUGUUCGGUGUUAAUGUCAGAGGAACAUUCCUAUGUUCAAAAUACUGCAUCCCACAUCUGAAGAGGGCAAAAAAUCCUAAAAUUCUCAAUAUCAGUCCUCCUCUGAGCUUGAACCCUGUUUGGUUCAAAGACCAUUGUGCAUACACCAUGUCAAAGUUUGGUAUGUCCAUGUGUGUCCUGGGUAUGGCCGAUGAAUUGAAAGGUGACCACAUCUGUGUUAAUGCACUCUGGCCAAAAACUGCGAUCUACACGGCUGCAAUGGAAAUGUUGGCAGGAAGCAAGGAAGUAAUGGCAAGAUGUCGCAAACCCGAGGUCAUGUCAGAUGCUGCUUACGUCAUACUCACUAAUGACUCCCCCGAUAACACUGGUCAUUUCUAUGUUGAUGAGAAUGUUCUUAAAGAUGCAAACAUCACCAACUUCGACAAGUACAACUUUGUUGAAAAUCCCUCACUGAUGCCUGAUUUUUUCCUGGAAGAAUACCUGAAUGAUAAGCAUGCUUUCCAGAUUUCGAAUGCAGAUAAAAAAGUUGAAUCUGAAAACAAAAGCGAAGAUUUGAUAAAGAGCAAUCCUGAACUUGCCAGAACUCUUGAUGCCUUAAGGCAAAUAAUAACUAAAGAUGUUGUCGAUGCAGUUGGCUCAGUUUAUGUCUUUCAAAUUGAAGAAUAUGGAUCGAUUUUACUGGACUUGAAGAACGAAUCUGGUUCAUUGUUGUUGCAAGCUCCGGAUGGUUUGACUCCUGAUUCCACUUUUAUUCUCAAUGCAGAAACCUUCGUUCAAAUGUUUAACAGACAGUUGGCGCCUGCAGCAGCUUUUAUGACAGGUAGGUUGGAGAUCGAUGGAGACUUUGCAAAGGCUAUGAAAUUAGAGAAAGCCAUGAAAGGGUUGAAAUCUAAUCUCUAAUGUAAAGCUUCAACAAUAUUACCAUUUCAUUAUUCCUCUUUCUCGUACAAUCAUUUAUCCUGAUUAACUUGCCGAAUGCGUUUUGAUUUAAUUACUGUUUUUUAUUCAUUGUUUCGUAAAAGUAAAACAAUAUUUACUGUUGUUUAUCGUGGUCGGUUUGUGCCUUUUAUAACGUUUUUGUAAACAAAACGCUACUUACUGUUUAACGUCCUUAUUCUUCGUUAUAAUAAAAAUAUUCACAAAUUUU